UGUAUGCGACCUUCUCCGCAAGACGGGACCGGCAGUCGGUCGCUACAAAACAUAGUGUUCGUGUCGUGUGUGUGCUCACCCGCAAGGAUUUCGCUUUUAUUGCUUUCAAGGACAGUUGCACCCUGUCCUGGUAGGACAUGUGUCCGUCGACGGAAGGAGUACUCGCGCUCUUGUGCUGUGCCUUUGCACUCCUCUAUGCGCACACGUGUGCACAGGAAUUGGGCCGCGGACCCGCUUACACGAACGGCAGCAACGACACAUCCACAGCCAUUUUAUUCCUGAACGCACGUAAGCAGGCCUACUCCAGGCAUAAGCUUCCCAUCGCAAGACCCAGGCUCCGAACGACGACGUCUGAGCCUUCGGAAAUCGACCUCGAGUCUGAGACCACACCUGAACCAGUUCAGGAAAACACCCAGGUGAAACGCCAAGCCAUUUUCGACACCGUCCUCAAGCAAGCGGAUAUCUUCGAGUUGUCUUCCUCAGACUUCAGUCCAGCAGUCGCAUGGCCCGUUCCUCGGCGUCCAGCGUCCCGGCGCUUCCGUCACAACACUUUGACUGUCUCAUCAACGGCCAGGCCACUCCUGAAGUUGAUGAGGCCGAAACCCACGAGGCCACCGGCUUACUCACUCGACGGAUUUGUACCCAAACCGAGCAUGAUCCGCGUCUCUUCCACAGAGGCCCCCCUUCAUAUUCGAAGGGCGUACGCCAAAACCGACGCCCCGACCUCCUCUAGGAAUACACUCAGGAAAAGGGGUUACAGGAAGAACAAGACGAAGCCAUUGUCAAACGACGACGACGAUGAUGGCAACGUGUUCGGCAAGUCUUCUUACAAGAGGAAGAACCCCAGCAGUCGAAUGAUGAUGAACCGGACACCGCGGAAGGGACUUCCUGGAAUCGACUUUCCUACCUUCAGUCGUGUUCCCGUGACGAGCUUCGACUGCGACGAAAAGCCUUUCCCUGGCAUGUAUGCCGAUUCUGACGCCGGUUGCCAGGUGUGGCACAUGUGCACAGGAGUUCCGAACCUGGGCGCUCGGCACAGCUUCCUUUGUCCCAACGGCACAAUCUUUAACGAACGACGCGGCGUCUGCGACUGGUGGUACAACGUCGACUGUAACGACUUGGAGCCAUGAAUUCUCCGAUGACCCAACAGUUACGGACACAAAAAGGCAUUCCUCGAGAAGACUGUGCCAAGAGACGAUUUUCGAUGGGUGUCAUCGUUUGUCCCUCCUUAUCAGUUAUGAUCAUCGUUAUGUUUACAAUCAUAUCAGGAACGUAGGUCCUAGAGAGUCAGGUUUCGUUUAUCGUAGAUGUUGGUAUAAUUGAGCUCGCGGGAAUAAUGACAUUGGGCAGGAAACGCUUAGGGUUGUGUGUAUAUGAGCGUUCGAAACUCGAGGGAAAGCCGGUGAUAAGGCCGUUAACGUAAUCAGAAAGUGAUUGUUUGGAUGGACAAAUACCCCCAGACAAAGAAAGCUUGACUAUAAAAAUGAACGACGACAUCAGCAUGUUUCGAUUGAUAUUUGUGUCGUCAUAUAGGCGAACACUUUCCAUUGGAGGAGGUAUUGAUCACAAUAUAGUUGGGUAGUUAUCAAUGCUCCUGGCGGUUAUGAGCAGUUUUCUUUUUGUUCAUUCACUGACAGACACGUGACAUUGUUCUACUGUGUUUUAUGUACGUAAAUAAUAGAGAUGGGACGAAUCCGAAUCCACGAAUCUUUUUCUGUAGAAGCAGAUUAAAAAUCUAAGAAAAAAAACUUCUACUGGAAUUUUUUUUUUCUGCAGAAUAUGAUACAUUCGUUUAAUGAAAAAAAAAACACAAUAGUUCAGUUUCGGGAGAAAAUAUCCCCACAGAGUUCAUUUAUUUAACAUAUUAUUCAUGGACUAUUUCUAUAAAGCUAAAGCAACAAUCAAAAGCAUAUUUUUAACUUUUAAUGAGAGUUCCCGCUUGGAACUCUCUCAGUCCAGAGCAAUGUAAGCAAACAAACAAGAAAACACCCGUCGGUUACUGAGGCUUUCGGCAGACUCCGGAAGCGCCAAUUUGAAAAAGGAAGAAACGCAGAUUUGAAGGAUUCGAUUCGCCGUUUUGGGCACUAGGGUUCGGAUUCCCGAAUCUCGAAUCCCUGCCUAGGAUUCGUGGAUUCGGUUGGCACAUCCCUAGUAAAUAUCCAAUGGGAAAAUGUUAUUUAUGGCCCGCGGCUACAGAGGGGGUAAGGUUCAGGUGGCAGAAACAUUCCACUGAGAUUAUUCCUGAUUGAACGGGCAGCCCGACAACGGUCCCCAGUCUACAGCUUUCUUCAUUAAAUUCCCAUCAACUCGUAUAGUGUUUCGUUACCUGGACCACGAUAGAUAUUUAUUUUUUACAAACACUCCCUCUGACGUUUGAAAUGCCGUCCACUUCUCGUUAAGUCGCAAAUGGGCUGCGACAAUUUUUUGUUGUUAUUUAUUGAGCACUCGUUAGAUCUGUAUCGUGCACUUCUGUUCAAACUAUUUCUGUACAUAUAAACGUUGAAGAGUUCA